ACGCGCAGGUCAUCGUCGGUAGGGCGAGCGUUGUGAGUGAGUUUCAUGGUCGUCUUAUGCAACAUUGCUCCGUUAUUAGAAGUUUAUGUUGACCAAGUGUUGACACAGGGUGAAACUAAGCACACAUGGCACUCAGGAGGUGCUGCAGGUUCACGGGUUUAGUCCCGCAGCUGUUAUGGAGCAGUAAGGUGACCGUCCUGCCUGGAGCUUCCGUCCUGAGAGGACGCAGCUCUGUGUCCAGCUUUGACAGCACUGACCGCGGUUACAAAGAGUUGCUGCUGCGCAGGUUCAGUUCAGGACCGCCGAGCACAGAUGUGACUUAUGACCAGCUGAAGCAGCUCCUGGCUGGGCGGAAAUCUGUAGUUAUAGACGUCAGAGAGCCCUGGGAGCUCCGGGAGUACGGCUUCAUCCCCGGGUCCAUUAACGUACCUCUGGGACAGGUGAACACUGCCCUCCAGCUGGGUCCGGAAGAGUUCAAAGAGAAGUAUGGUGGUGAAAUGCCUCAGCAGACCGAUAACGUUGUGUUUAGCUGUCUGGCAGGGGUCAGGAGCAAGAACGCACUCGACACAGCCGCCUCACUUGGAUACAAAGAUGUUCAGCAUUACCCGGGUGGAUGGCAAGACUGGGUGAAACAUGAGCAACAUAACUAAUUGAGGAACAAUGUAACAGGAAAAAAAAAACAAUAUUUAAAGCUCUUUUUAAAGCCAUCGGUAUGGAAAGUUAAAAUACAAAAACAGGAGUUUUGUAAAGGGUUUUUUAAAAAGUUCAUCCACAUUUUUGUUAUUUUGAGAGCCAGUGAUUUAAGUUGUUCCCCUUAUCUGUGAAUCCCAAAGACUGAAACCAGAGGCCUCAGCACACACAUCAGCUGCUAAAAAACUAUUUAAAAAAUAUUUAAAGAAUCCUUUACAACUUCUAAACAAAUGAAUACAUAACCGGUGACUAUUCUAAACCUUAUCACUAAUAUUAAUAGUCAAUGAAGUGACAAAGUUUUUGUUUCCAGACCAGAUCUAUGCAAAUGACUCCUUAACUGUGUACAAUGAGUUAAAAUGAAAUCUCUCAUUGCAAAAUAUGUUGAUGUAUUGUAAAUAUUAAAUAGCUUGUUUCUCAUGGAUGGUCCUGUGAAUGCAGUUGUUGCCAACAUCAUUCAAUAAAUAAAAUUAUAGUUUUGAUUAACAGUAA